AUGAUACUCACUCAAACGAAGAAACCUGAACCCCAAAAGAGACACCACCCAAUCAUCAGCAUAGAUGGCAAUGUCCAUAGGACUACAUUUGCCUUUGAUCCAAAUGAAGUCUUUAUAGCCAAUUUAACCUUGACUAUCACCAAAUUAACGAUCCAAAGAUGGUGCCCUUUAAUUAUAGAAUUUGAUAAUGACGCUAAUUAUAAGUUACUUAGCUCAAGUGACCAAUCCUUGGUGGAUCAAUUGCAGGCAUAUGCUAGUAAUCGAAUAUCACAUGAACUUGAAAAGCGAAUUCGAGGUCCAGGUCCCGGGAAAUCCAUAUUGAAACGAGAUUACGAUGAGAAAUACUAUCUGGAUAGUAAUGAAAGUUGUUCUUUGACUUCUGAAGAUACUCUUAAUUGUUCACAAGAGAAAUCAAGCAAUAGAGUUUGGUUUGAAGACGAUUUUAGUGAUUAUCUUGAUUCAGAUGCCAGUUUUGUCUUGGAUGUAUCUCCUCCUGGUGAGGUGAUGCGUUUAGCCACUAAAAACCUGUCCCGUCCUAUCACGGAACAACAGACAAAAUCAUUCAUAACAGACAUGUGUAACCUUAGACACAAUGAUAAAGAAAAUUAUAUGGAGACUAACGAUAUUAAAAAUGAACAUGUUGAUCAAAAUAAUGGUAUUUCUGAAGAAGAGAGUACCAAGGUUGGUACUAUUUUGAAGUCUGUUAACUACGAUGAUUUCUUUGAGGUACCAGAAGACAAAGAGGUUGAUGUUUUGGAUUCUCUGGACACUACCACUAUUUUUGAAGAAGAUACGCCUUUUGAAUCUCUGCAAUCCGUUAAUUUGGUUAUCCACGAGACACAUCUUCGUAAAAACGCAUCUACCCUGAGUUUGAAGGACUUUAUGGAAGAUAAUGAAGCAAUUGAGUAUAAUGGACCAAUAGUAAACGACGAUUCCAAGGAAAAGGAUGACUAUGGAUAUAUUGCAAAGGAUGAGGAUUUUGCGAGGAAUAGGGACUCAAGCAAGUCUGAAGUUGAAGAUGUGCAUGAUAAAGGACUAAAAUCUAAACAAAACGCUUCUCAACUCCAAGAUGGGUUUAUACCUAAGGAGAAAAAUCAAUUACAACUGGAGAAUAGCACCAGCUCACUUGAGCGAAAUGUGAUAGCUAAACUGAUAGAUCCGGAACCCAGGACACCUACUUUGGCAGAUGAAUCGGAAAAUCGCAAUGGGUCAGAAGAUAAUUCAAUUCCUGGAAGAAUUGAAGGACUUGAUAAUGUGCCCAUUCCUCCCAUGCAAUUGAACAAUUGCGAGUCUAGUAUGGGUGAUGAUGAGCCAUUCAUUCCUUCACCAGGAAAACGAAUGUACUAUAAUAACUCACCUACCAAACCUGAUCUGGCACCAUCAUCAUCUUCAUCAUCAAGGGUUGCAGGGUCCAUUGCAUUGUUCAGCGUUGAGCACCAGAAUGGCAUGGAUUUUGCUUUCAAAUCAUCCAAUGUUCCAUCCUUUAUUAAGGAAGAUAAGAAGUUCAGGUUUAUAAAGGUUGGGAAAGUGCAAACAUAUGUUCAUCUUUUUGAGGAACAAGGUCAGCAACAACCCAAACUGGCGGACACUUCACGAACAAAUUCCAGAGUUAACUCGAGAGCUGGGUCUCCGAAAGUUAGUGUCACGGUAAUUGAUGAAUAA